CGGAAGUCGAGCAGGUUCGCGUCCUACGAUUACGAUUACGAUUACACCUGCUGUCGUGCAUGACGUGCUCGCAUGGGGCGCCACGCAGACUGCAAACGCCGCCGAGUGCAUGACUAAAUGAGAGGUAGAAUCGGCAUGUGAACCGAGUACAAUGUGUACUUUCUACACCACUGCCAUUGUUGGUUACGCUGUCAUCAAUGCAACAUACAAGUUGAAGCCAAAUGGCUAUACCACAGCCUAACCAUUAUUUAGUUUGGCAGCUUUUAUGAAAGUAUAAAAUUGCUAGUUUUGUCGGGCUUGUUUUAAAGCGGCCCCACAAAGGGGCUGCUGUUCUUGUCCCACACGGUUGUCGGAUCCUUCUUUACCUAUUGUGAGGGGACAGAGUUUAACUAGUAGUCUUUUAGUAUUUCCUUUACUAUGAUCCUGCUUGCUGCGCUGCUGACCCCUAGCGGUCGGCCCGUGCUGCAAGCUGGCGAGGUUGAGGUCAGCCUACUUGACAAGGUGGACCUGGAGUUCCAGCCAGCGGGAGGUCUGGCGGGGCACCAGGUGGCAGCGUACCAGGACGGCUACGCCAUCCUAACCACCCGCCGCCUCAUCUGGGUGCCCGCCACACUGCCCUCCACCGCCGCCCCCGCCUCCACCUCCGCCUCCUCCCGCGGGGGCCCUGCUGCUGCUGCGGUGGCGCUGCCACUUGCCGCCGUGACGGGGUGCGCCAAGCGGGUGCAGUACAGCCUCAAGGGCCCCAAGGUCCGGCUGGUGCUGGACGUGCGGGCGGACGCACAGAGGAACCCGGUGGCAGCUCCGUCACCCCACUCCCGCUCCGACCAACUCGCGCUGCGAUGCCGGGGACCCGCACCCGACUCGUUCAAGUUCCAACUGGAGGAGCAGGUACGGAAUGCCGUACUCGCAUCAGCAACAGCAGCCACCUCAGCUGGUGGUUACGGCAGCAGCAGCGGUGUUGGCGGUGGUGGUGGCGGCGGCAGUCCCCCUCUGGGUCCUCCUCCCCAGCGCAGGUUAGACCCACACCUGUCACCGCUAACGGCAGGGUUACAAGCGCGAACAACGCCCAGCCCUAGCCUCAGUCCCGUCGGAACUACCACUGGCGGUGGCGGCGGAGGCGGAGGCGGUGGGGGCGGAGGCGUAGGGUCGUUAGGUGGUGGAGUUCAGCCGGGAGUAUUUUCCUCCCCUCCCCGGUCCUCCAGUCAGCAGUUGCAACAGCAGCAGCAGCCGGACGCAGCGAUGUUGCAGAGCAUGAUUGAGAUGGGCUUCCCGCGCAAUCGCUGCGCCCGCUCGCUGGUGGCUACCGGCAACGUGGGGGUGCAGGAAGCGCUGGAUUACUUGCUGGCGUUCGGAGACCAGCCCGGCAUGGACGAUCCACUCGACCAACCGCCGCAACGACCCUCAACCACCACCACCGCCGCCUCACCCACGGCCCUGUCCUACGGCUCUGGCGGCGGCGACUGGCUAGGCCGCCAACCAGCCUCCUCAAUCCCCACCACCAUUGGCCGCUAUCCCAGCAUCUUCCCAACCGACCUCCCCAUCCCAGCCGAUGGAGACACAGCCGGGGCUGGGUGGGAGAGCUGGCCGUCUCCCCCACCCCACCCCUACUCACCCUCCUCCUCUGCGGGCCUGAGGGAUGAUGACGCUGCCUGGAUGCCCAUGCAGCAGCUCUCCCUGCGCCCCCGGCAGUACCCGCAGCAGCAAACGUACGGCAGCGCACCG